AAUUGUCACUUUAGAACCGAAAACGUAAAAAAAAUCCGCACCAUGACCGAAUUUUCGAUGACGACGAGAAGCGGCGCAAGACGCGCGCAAUUAACGCUAACGAAAUCGCUGAAAGCGACGCGCAAAAGGCAAAAGAGUCAGAGCCGCAGAUGCUUGUGUUUGCCUCAAAAUUUGGGAUUGCUCGAAUACUCGCCCGUUUGGAACGAGUUGCGUACCAGCGGGCAGUGCUGCGACGGAACCGUAACCUGCUCCGAUGGUACCGUGUUUCAAGUACAUCGUGUAAUUCUAUCGGCGAUAAGUACCUAUUUUAGAGCGCACUUCACAAACAGCCUCAACCCAGGAGCAUCGGAAAACACAGAAGCGAACGUCUCGAUGCCCUCGAACAUUUUUAAGUGCAUCCUGGACUUCGCCUAUACCGGCUUUUGCAACAUAGAAGAGAGCAAUGUGGAACAUCUGUUGAAAGCAGCCGACCAGUAUCAGGUGUUGGGGGUGAUACAAUUGUGCUGCAACUACGUGCUAGAUCGGUUGAAUCCGAUGAACUGCUUCGGAAUCUUGCGAUUCGCCGGCCAUUACUUUUGCACAGAACUUGAGAAGGAAGGCAGACGUUUCGUGAGGAGGAAUUUUGAGCGAAUAGUCAACGAGGGGAGUGAAUUUUGCGAUUUGAGCGUCGAUGAAGUGGAGGCGGUCUUAGACGACGACGAACUAAAUGUGAAGUGCGAAAAGUUGGUGUAUCACGCGGUUAAAAGGUGGAUCACUACUAAUCCGGAAACGCGAAAGGGGAAUCUUUUGCGACUACUGAAAUGCGUACGAUUCGGGAACAUCGCUCCGGAUUAUAUUUCUAGGAAGGUGCUUACUUGGGACUUGGUGGCUGAUUGCCAGGAGUGCGUGGUGUAUUUGCACGACGUUAUUGUCAUACUGGAGCACGGCAAUGGAAAUGAGAGCCACCCAAAUCCACUGUGGAAGCCCAGAAUUCCCUACAUUACCCUAUUUGCCAUCGGGGGUUGGAGCGCUGGGUGUCCGACGAACAUUAUCGAAACGUACGACUGCCGUGCAGACCGUUGGCUCUUAUCCGCCGAUAGGGAUGAUUGCGGCCCAAGAGCGUACCAUGGUCUUUGCACAUUGAACGGGCUUAUUUACAUGAUAGGUGGAUUUGACGGCAACUCCCAUUUCAAUUCCGUCCGUUGCUUCGAUCCCGUGAAGCACAAGUGGAGCGAAUGCGCGUGCAUGUACUUCCCCAGGUGCUACGUCAGCGUCGUAAUGCACGACAGUAAAAUUUACGCGCUUGGAGGCUACAAUGGAAGAACAAGAAUGAACUCAGUUGAACGGUAUGACCCCAAGAUAAACCAGUGGGAGAUCGUACGGCCGAUGCUUAAGCAAAGAUCAGACGCAAGCGCCGCCGUAUUAAACGACAAGAUUUACAUAGUUGGAGGUUUCAAUGGGCACGAGGUAAUGAGCUCCGGGGAAGUAUACGACACGGUCUCGAAUCAGUGGACCUACAUUCCCAGCAUGCUCUCCCCUAGAUCGGGCGUAUCGCUGUUGCCCUUCAAAGACUCGCUGUACGCCAUCGGUGGGUUCAACGGGCACGUGCGACUUGCAACAGGAGAGAAGUACACACCCGGCUCUUCGGCCAACUGGGUCGGAAUCGCCCGAAUGGUGCACCCGAGGAGCAAUUUCGCUACGGCGACAAUAGACGACUUGCUGUACGUUAUAGGCGGAUUUAACGACCAACUAGCAGGUUCAAGCACGGUAAACGUCGUGGAGCGCUACAAUCCCGAUGCCAACGAGUGGCACAUCACCUCCCCAAUGAACCUGAAUCGCUCAGCGCUUAGCGCUUGCAUUCUCAACGGCCUCCCCAACGCCAAAGAUUACAGUUACCAGUUUAGGCCAAACGAGGAAGGUCAGGGAGCCGGAAUGCCUCUCGAGCUAUAAAUUGGUCGCCAUUUUAUUUUUACAAAAUUUUAAAACUAUUUUAAUGUAGCGGUUUUCGCAAUUUUAUCUAUUUUUGCGCACUAGCGUUUGGCAUGUGCCACUUUUUCUAUACGCUUCACUUGUCGAGUGAAGACUUCCAUCACAUCGAAGGGAUCUAUUGCAACUUUUACAGAGUGACGCGUUGUAGCUUCUCCGAUUUGAAACAAGGGAUUGGAAAUGUUGUAAUUAUAUUUACAAUAAAGAAAUCGAAAACAUUACAAUUCCCGUAAUCAUUAAGUGUUGUAAAUUAAAAUAAUUAGUGGAAGUAAGUUUAUUGAACAAAUACACGAUGUAGCAAGAAUAUUUGAGGAAAGAAAAGGAAGCAACAAAAAAUGAACGGGAAGCUAAAACAAGAAGUAAAGAUUAAAAAAGAAGAAAAGGGGACGAAUAUUCAGGAAGAAAUUGAAUUAGAACAGUAUUCCAAGGUAUUGAGCGAAGAAGAAUUUGGCGAAGACAAAAAAUGUGGAAGAAAUGGAAAAAUUACCUCAACCAAAUGAAGAAAUUAGUCUCAAAAAUAAAAGUAAUAAAGAAGUGAAGAACUAUACUACAGGAUUUUUGAAGCAGGGGAUGAUCAUAGAGAAGAAGAACUCAGUGCUAACGAUAGGAAAAAGUAAAAUGAAUCGUGAAGAUAAAGAUUUGAAGAAAAUUUGGAAGGAUUUCAAGAACCAGUUGAAGAAACGAGAUUAAGUGGAAGGUGUAUGUUUUCUAGAUAGAGUUGUGUUAUACAGUGU